CCUCCCGGUUAACAUGGCCGCCUCUGCAAGAUUCACUGCCUUAGCAUACUUCUACUGUCUGCUGCUCCUCACCAUGGCGUCUGCAGGAGACGUGUUCGACCAUGGACGCCAUGGCACCAGCCUUUCCCAGGUCCAGGAGGCCAAGACCUCGAGGUGCUCUCCAGCCAGCGUAGCCGGCCCACCAAAGCCGCUUCUGAUUGCCGCACCGUCCGAUGCAGGGGAGUACCCCGUGGUUGUGUUCUUGCACGGCUACCUCGCCAAUAACUACUUCUACUCCCAGCUGCUCCAGCAUGUCGCCUCCCAUGGCUUCAUCGUCGUCGCUCCUCAGCUCUACACGUUCUCCGGGCCCGACACCACCGGAGAGAUAAGCUCAGCGGCCGCCGUCAUAGACUGGCUCGCCGACGGCGGCCUGUCCUCCUCGCUCCCGCCCAACGUUCGCCCCAACCUGACCGCUGUGUCCAUUUCCGGGCACAGCCGCGGUGGCAAAGUGGCAUUCGCGCUCGCGCUGGGCCACGCCAGGACCUCCCUGCCUCUCGCAGCCCUCAUCGCCGUCGACCCCGUGGACGGCAUGGCCCCCGGCAGGCAGACGCCCCCGCCCAUCCUCACGUACAGAGAAACCUCGCUGCGCGUCCCGGGGCCGGUCAUGGUCAUCGGCACGGGCCUCGGCGCCCUGCGCCCGCCGUGCGCGCCGCUGGGCGUGAGCCACGCCGAGUUCUACCGCGAGUGCGCGGCGCCGGCGUGCCACCUCGUGGCCAGGGACUACGGGCACACCGACAUGAUGGACGACGUGACGGGCGGCGCCAAGGGCCUGUGCAAGAGCGGCGGGGCCAGGGCGCCCAUGAGGCGGUUCGUCGGCGGGGCCAUGGUGGCGUUCCUCGAGAAAUGGGUGGAGGGCCGGCCAGAGUGGCUCGACGGCAUCAGGGAGCGGCCGGAGGUGGCCCCCGUGGUGCUGUCCGCCGUUGAGUUCCGGGAUGCAGGGACUAGGAUCCAUGGUGUCAUGUUGCCUGCUUAAGUAAGUUUAGUGGACAGUAUGAGGGACAGCUAAUAAUGGAGUACGUAGGAUAAACUGGUAGUAAGUAGGAUCUUAAUAAGGUGAUGAGGGACUGUAAAAUCUUUGUUGGAAACAGAUCGGUUCAUAGAUAGCAAUGACUAGGAUCCAUGGUUGCCAUGGUAAGUUUAAUGGACAGUGUGAGACAACUAAUAAUGGAGUAGG